AUGCCCGGCUGGUGGGGCUUUUGGGGCCCGAAGUUGCCUGAUGAUGCUCCUGAGAAUAGACCUCUUGCCUCACGCUGGUUCGGGCCCAGUAGAGCAAUCGACUUUGACCAUAAGCAACUGGUCCAUAUACCGCAAGCAGUCCUAGAGGAGCAUCCAGGCUUCUUGGCACUGUGGCGGGAGAGGGACAUCCUUUUCAUCCCCAACAUGCCCUAUCAUGUGGCCCAUGUGUUGGUGAACUUCUUGUACACGAACAAGUACGAGAACCUUCGUAUCGGCUGUAAAAGUGGGAUCGAGUCGGCCUUGAUCGACUUUACCACAGCUAUAUACGUCUACAGUGCAUGCGUAAGAUACCAACUGCCUAGACUUCAAGUUCAGGCUGGCGAGCGCAUUGCCAUAUACGGGGACAAGAUCCCAUUCCUCGAAAUUAUAAAGAAGCUUUCCGGAUCACAGUUCACCGACAUGAAUCUUGGCGGAACACUUUACGAUUACAUUUGCGACCGAGCAAGCGCCGAGAACGCCAGCAUGACUGACACAUCCGCUGCUGAGAUUAGAGCAGCCAUGGGAGGAACCAUGGCUAGUGUCUUAUGCCAAAAGAUCGUCAAGCUUGAGAGCGAAAAGAAACAUCUUAAGGAGAUCCUUCGAAAACACUGA